AUGCCUUGCAGUAAAACACAUUUAGACGGUCUAAACAUACUAAACAUUGCCGUUGUGUUAGGUCCGGGAGAAGGCGAUUUGGGAGAACUUUCAACCAUAAUGUAUAGGGCACAAUGGGAAGGAAAAUUGGCCAUAAACAAACACGGUGACUUGCCGACAGAACAUUAUUUUCCGUUGGUCAAAAUUAUUCACGACCUUCCACAUUCUCUCAUAUUUAAUCCUCACACAAAAGCUCACCAAAUUUAUCCGAGAUCGAGACAAACGUUGACCUUGGAGAUGGAUGAAUUUAAAAAGAUACAUUCGUUUUAUUUUCCAAAAUACGAUUAUCGCCCCAAGAAAUAUGCGACUCUCCCGAACACCAACGACUUUAUCAUCAUGAAUUCCGAAAACUACGAUGAACUAAUUCAAUCCCAACAACACCGAAAAAGAUCCAACAAAGAAAAACAACAUCGCUCAUUGAAAGUUCAACCACUCUCUACUGCAACCAAUUCCUCAUUAUCUCCCGUCAUUGUCCCCACGACCUCCGCAAUCUCCCCAAUUUUGGACGAAUCACUUUCCUCCCUCGAGGCAUGCAAGAGCGUUCUUCCUCAUGAUCAAACGACCGGUGGUACAAUUUCGACGACUCUAUUUUCUCACGUGGAAACUCCUUUAAUUUUUUGUCAUGAAGAAACACCCGUAUUUUUCCGGGAACCUUCGAUUGCAGUCAAUUGUGGUCGCUAUUUAUGA